AUGGCUGUGAUGAUUGAAGAUGUUUCUUAUUUUGUAGAUAGAACGUUGCCAGUGCCCGUGCCAUGUGCAGUUGAUCGUUGCCAGUGCCCAUGCCAUGUGCAGUAUGUGGGGACAAGAACUUUGGCAAACAUUACGGCGUCUAUUGCUGUGAUGAUUGAAGAUGUUUCUUAUUUUGUAGGUAGAACAUUGCCAGUGCCCGUGCCAUGUGCAGUAUGCGGGGACAAGAGCUUUGGCAAACAUUACGGCGUCUAUUGCUGUGAUGGCUGUAGUUGUUUCUUCAAGAGAAGCAUCAGGAGAAAAAUGGUGUAUACAUGUAUAGGUAAAGGAAACUGUGUGAUAGAUAAAGCAAGGAGAAACUGGUGCCCCUAUUGCCGUUUACAAAAGUGUUUCCUUGUAGAAAUGAACAGAGAUGCUGUGCAAGAGGAAAGGGGUCCCCGCAAAAACAAAGGGAGCCAGAAUAAACAUCCUAGAAAUCACCAAUCUGGUUCCUCGAUUAACAAACUUCAAAGUUCACGGCGCAUCAUCCAAGCUCACAGGGCACAUCCAUAUAUGGACACAAGCCGUUUACUCGCGUCUCAUUGGUCACACUUCAACCAAUCUUACAUGGGGUUACACAUGAGUGCACGUCAGAACACGAGGGGUCGAUUCUUGGAGGGAAAUGACAGAGCAUUAGAUCUGUCGUUUGAAAGGAGUGCAUUUACUCGAGUGGAGACCUUGCCUACUGAGGGAACAAUGUCGAAGUUUUAUCAACCAAUGUUGACAUCAGUUGCACCAGGAGAUGAUACAGAAAGCAAAACUGAACAAAAAGAUUUCCGAACACCUAAUCACCCUAAAGAUACUCCGAACACAUGCACCCCCAACUUGAAUAAUCUCAUGCAGGAAGUGAGUGCACAGAUCUUAUUCACUUCCAUAAAGCGUGCGAGAAGCAACCAGUUCAUCAUGCCACUCAUUUCCGUCGACCAGAAGUUGGUACUAGAGACUUCAUGGAGUGACGUGUUUCUAUUGACAGCCUCCCAUUGGCCAAUCGACAUAGGACUCCUAUUACAGAGGAUGACACAUGGUAUUGACAAACAGGAUAUGUCACAAUAUCAGCAAGUGCAACAAUGUAUAUCAGGAUGUCAAGCCCUCGGUGCAGAUUCCAAUGAACUGGCCUUCCUUGAGACCCUUCUCCUUCUCAAAAAUGACGGGAAACACGACCUUAUAGAAAAAUCGAAAGUUCAGAUGUUAGAAGACCGGGCCCAGUUGAGCCUUGCACACUACGAGGCGCAUGCGUACUCACAACAUCCGGCUAGAUUUGGAAAAUUAUUGCUUGGACUCUCAGUUCUGAAGUCAACAACAUCCAAAAUGGUGGAAUCCGUAUUUUUUAAAAACACAAUCGGACAGGCAACAAUAACAGAAAUUAUUCACAGCAUUCAAUAACCAUUCGUGUAACUAUACUGGGGAAAUCGUGUAAUAUAUUACUCUAGUAAAUAUGUUAGAAAUAAGUUCAUGUUUAUAAAUCUCUAGAGAUUUUGCCAAAAUGUGACUGAAAAUUUAUCGUUUGGUGUUUCACAAAAAUAUGUACUUAUUAUGUGCACGUGAAGAAUUGUAUAUUUCAUCAUGGGCUUUCGAGAGAAGGGGAUCGAUCAAUUUUAAUGUUCUCUUCACCUAGAAUGAAUCGUUUUCUUCACCAAAUUCGACUUUGUUCAUAGGGUGGAUUUAAUAUAGAUAGUAAAAUGACUUCAAGCCAAAUAUCAAUUUGAUUCUCUACCAAUAAGUGUGUCUAAACGAGAAGUAUUUGGGAUUUAUUCACUAGUAAAAUGAUGGCUCCGUAAAUGGAUAGAGCUGCGUGACAAAUGACGACAUGAUAGUUCACAUGUGUUUUACGUUACACACUAUAGUCUAUAACAGGCCUCCCGACGCGAACAUCAGUUCUGACCUCGCAAAAUUACAGUUCCUUGCACUCGAACCACGAUUCUCACAUUGCGAACGUGAAAUCUUUAGUCGCACACCACCAUUUCCUCGAUCCCGAACACAU